AUGUUGCCAAAUCGCAAAAACCUGGCGAAAAAGCCGGGUCCAGUUGCUGGAACAUCAACAGCAGCAUCAAGACUUGCUGCUCAAAAGCGAACUGGAGCUUUAUUACCUGUAAGUUUUAUUUUAUUUGGUUUUUUGUGGAUUUAGGCAGAUUUGAGAGGCUGAAGAGGGAGGCUUUGAAGGGUUUUUUGAAACGUCGAAGUAAUUAAAUACGUAUUUUACAAUUUCAAAAGUUAGAAGAAGGAUUUUGCUUUAUUUUUAGGUAGUAAUUGUUUGGGUUGAAGCGUUUCAACUAGUAAAAUUAUAUCUUAUUCUAGGGCACAUCAGCUAUAACAAAGAAACAACGAAUGGACAUGGCCAAAGCGGGUAGCUCAGCUCUCGGCGGAGGAAUGAGUUCAUCAACAUCAUUAGUCAAAUUAGUAGAAGUCGAUUCAAGCUGGAUGGAAUGUGUUAAAGACUUUACGUUGGUGGCCAAAGACUUCGGGACUUUGAUGAAGAUGGCGAAAGAAAAAGGCAAAGGAAGGACGGUUAAGGUUAUUUGUGGAGCUAUUAAAAGUAUUAUCAAGGCGGAUGAAGCUAAUGCCGCUGAUUUGGGGCUUUUGAAGGAAUUACAUCAGGCUUUGUUAGACGAUGAAUCAAUUUAUAAUGUGAGUAUAUUGUUUUAGUUUUUUAUGUUUAGGUAAUAUAAUUCGAAGAAUAUAGUUUGGUAUGUAAAAAAAGUAGUACUGAAGUUGUACUUUUUAGAAUCCAAACAUUUACGGAGCAGUAUUUACUUUAUUGAACAAGGUCGAAACCCAAGCAUCACAAAAUGGGAUCUCUUUCUUACCUAUAGCUAUCAAUAUUCUAAAAUCAUUUGAAGCGGUACCAGUUUCUGUGUUCAACUUUGUAUUAGUCGACUCAAUGGGACUCCGAUUAUGGGUAGAUAAACAAGAUGCUUUAAACCUGGUUUUGGACGCGUUUUCUAUCGUUGGACGUACGGAACUGCCUUCAGAAGGGUUGUCCGAGGUCCUGAGUGAUGCGCAGUCUUAUUCUUUUAAGAAUCUGAUUCGAGAAUCCAUGAAGUUUGAAGAGUCUAACGAUCAGAAUCAAGCUUUGCUCAAGAGCACGUUGGCUCACUUGGAACGGUCGAUUGAUAGUGGAGCAAGCAAGAAUCUACUCAAGACCUUGUGUUUAUGUUGUGGCAAUGACAAGUUUCGUCUGUUGGCGGCGAAGAAGUUGGAUAACUGGUUAAUGAAUAUUAAAACUCAACGACAGGCAUUGGAGUUGUUGUUGUUUGUCGCCGUGAAUACGAAAGAUGCGAAUUCAGAUGCCAACUUGGAGGUAUUAGGGUACUUGACGAGGGUCAAGCUUCAAAAAUCGAAACAGCUGCAGACAGUGUUUCAGACGGCUAUAAAGUGAGGUCUUUUGAUGUUUAGAGUCUUUAACCGUAAAAUGUUGAUGCAGAGUAUGUUAAUAUUGUUGUUAUAGGGAGAUUCUGAACAAAUGUCCGUCUGGUUUGCGAGUUUUGGCCGAAUUUGUGCUUGAAAAUGAAUUUACACAUUCAAACAAGGCUCAGACCAACUUGGGAUUUGUACAAUUUCUAUUUGCACAUGAUUCUAAAGGCGUUUUAAGGGUUUGUUUUUGAUUUUUUUGAUAAAAAUUUUAAAAAAUAUUGUGUUAGAGAACUAUUUUGGCUAUUUUAAUGAGAUAGUUAUCCUCACCCUUGAUCUAUACUUAAUAUUAGGUUGUUCAAAUAAUUCUGAGCUUUUUAAUUCCAAACAUUUGCUUGAGAGGGGGCUCAGAAUUAUCUGAACAACGCAAUAUUUUCGAUAACAUACUAAUUUUUACGUUUUUUUAACGACAACAUGCUAAUUCUUAACUUAAUCUUGUUGUAGUUACUAUCCGAAAAGCUGGUACGUCGCUUGGAGGUAGUGGAACAAGUCAAAAAUGUCAGAACUUUCAUCAGAGAUCUGUUCAGGUCUAUAAAAGACUUUCCUUAUUCCAGUUUGGCCAAGGAAAUGAUUGACGCCGCCAAACUUUAUGUUAAUGCUCCGCCACCUAAUCAGGUAUGUCAGUGGGGUUGUGGGAGGUGUAAAAGUUUUGCUAUUCGUUUGAAAUGGGUUGUUAAGAAAGGAUUUGAAGUUUUUUUAGUUUUUUUGGUAUGAGAAAUGAUGUUGUGAGUUUUAGUAAAAUAUUUGUGUUUUUGAACUUCUUUUGGCUAAAAACGAUGUUAUAGUACAUUUUAUAACUAAAAUUUUUGAUGUUUUUGAAAUUUUUGUCAUUUUAAGUGAUGUUAUAAAUACCUUCUAUAACUAAAGCUGAUGUUAUAAUACUUUUUAUAAGAAGAGAUUUGAUAUUUUUGAAGGUUUUUGCCUAAAAAUGAUGUUAUAGUACCUUUUAUAAGUAAAAUAUAGCUAUUUUUGCUCACCACUGUCAUUACUUUUCAAUAUUUUGUAAACUCUCAUCAAAUCCACUUUCAGAAUCACAUUUUCCGCUUAAUAAUCGACAUCUGCACCAUGUUACCCUUUGUCAGCGCUUCAGCAGCAGUCAAAGAAGCUGCUCAAACCAGAAGAUCAAAUGGCAAUCUGGCUGGUUAUCAAACAGAGGUUCUGAACAAGUUUCAACUUCAUCUGCAACGAACUCAAUUGGAAUUGUUAACGUUUAUCAACUGGGCAGCUACCAACUUCACCAUGGAUAGUACUAAUAUCAUCAAUGCUGUUGGAGGCGCGCUUUAUUUGAAAAUGGUGGGUUUGGGGGUUUUAUGAGACGGAGAGUUUAAACUUGGUAUUUUUGUUUUGAAAAUCAAGGUUUUGGUACUGUAGUUUACUUUAAUUUAUAAUUGCAGUAUGGUUUUUCAUUUUGUUGUAAAAUACGACCUUUGCGUUUAAGCCUUUUUUAUUACACAGUAAAAUAAAAACUUUUUCAGCACCAAUUCUACACGACAAAUGAAGCCUGGCCGUCAGAACCCGACUUCAAUCACAUCAUGAAGCUCAUCUCGGAAUGUGUAGUGGAAGAAACUUUAAUCCUAGCAAUCAUAGACCUAAAUGGAGCCAUACAACCAGCUGAAGCAAUAUCUAUGCUCGAAAAUGUCACGAAACGAGCACUGACAAUGCGAAUUGACAUGGAAACGGACAAGAUCAUGGACAUUAGAUCGGAAAAAUGCAUCAUGGAGUUGUUCAACUUGGCUAUUGUUGAUCAGAGGUAUGGUUUUUAGUGUUGGUUAUAUGUUGAGUAGGAGAUUUUUGGUUUGGAUUGUGUUUAACUAGAAAUUUAAGGUUGUUUUGCAUCUAAACAGUAUCAGAUUUUACCAAUUUUCGGGCCUUUAGCCAGGCGUGCUUUUGUGGCCGAGUGGCCUGCGCACAAAUAUUGUGCACAGAAUCACCUUGGUUCGAGUCCGGCUAGUGGUUUAUGACUUUUUCGGCCUUUAAGCUUUAUUUUUGAAAAAAUUAAAUAUUCCAAUUGUUAAAAUAGUAUCUUUAGCAUUGUCUUAAAAAGUUUUUUUUAUUUUAUAAUAUUGAUUAUUGGGCACUUUUUUUAAAUUAAAAAAAAAUUUUGGUUUUAGCACCUCACCAAAGCUCGCCAGCAAGCAAAUGUAUUGGAAAUGCUGGGAAAUCGUCUUCUUAUGGGCAUGCAUGAGCCCAGCAUUAAUUGCGGAAUGUUAUGAUCGAUAUACUACGCUGAGAAUGUUAAUCACCAUGGCUGUUACGAGGUGAGUUUUUUCUCCGAAAAUUUACUCGGGCCCAGAAUUAGUUGAACGAGCUAAUAAGGCACAUAAUUAUUUGAACGAACUAGUAAGGCACAUAAGCUUUUGUAAAGCUUAAAAUAGGUGUUUGACGAGUUAUGAAAUUUCUAGAGAUUUCACUUUCCCCUUGCCAAUCCUGGACAAGAAAUUCAAGGAACAAUUGAUAGCCGAAGACCAAGCCGAGCUAGAGAAAGAAUGGGAAGUCAUAAAACAACAGGAUCUAUCACAAGAUGACGAAAACUCAAAUUCAGGCUCACCACCCUCUUCAGCUUACAGCCUAUUCAAACCAAAUGGCAUAGCCAGAGCUCCUCCAGAGUCCACCCUCAAGAAUCUGUACAAACUGAACAAAGACCACGACUUUGGAACUCAGCUCACAGCACUAAAACAACUUGAUCUGCUCGAAAAGUUGAUCCAAGAACAAGGUCCGUUGAGGGUAAUGCCAUCUCUGGUGAAUAUGCUAAAUCAGAAGCCUGAGUUUGUGGAGAAGAUACCGUUGAUCGCGUUGGCUCAACUCUAUUUAAUCGUUGUUUUUGAUCAGAAAAUGAACAAAUCCAUCGAUGAAUUGAGUCCAAAUUUGGUUGGAGCGAAGCCAUUUGGAGCGGAUCUACAGACAACGGUAAGGAAGAGCUAGCAAUGUACCUAAAGUUAUAUCUUAUAUAAGAUUUUUUGUCUUUUACAUUAAAGAUAAUAAUUUUAGAUCACAAACAAAGUAACGGAGUGUCUAAAGAAUGUAAAAAGCUCAGUGGAAGACUGUAAAGUGAUCUUAUUGGCAUUAAUCAACAAGUUGUCGGCUUCCUUGAUAUUGGAAAGGGAUUUGGCUUCAAUUGGUCUCAACUUGGUCUUUAAUGUAGGUUGUUUUAGAUUGAAAAUGAAAGCGAUUGGGCAAUAAAUUAACAUUGAUGCUUAUAUUAUAGCUUUUGGAAGAGUUAUGAAGCAUUUGAGGGUUUAAAAAUAGCAGAAAAUUUGAAAAAAUUUGAUUUUUUUUGAAAAAUUUGAGGUUUUUCGAUCAUUUUUGAAGUUUUUUACCUUUUUUUGAUAGAGUAUCGAAUAAAGAUGUACAUUUUUUAAUUGAUAAGAUCUUCUUGGUUUACAACUUUUUUUUGAGAUGUCAGAAAAUGAAAAAACGUUUGAUUUUUCUUGGAAAAUUUAGGUUUUUUGAUGAUUUUUGAGGUGUUUUUUGCAUUGUUUUGAUGUUGUAUUGGAAAAAAAUGUGUAAUUUUUGGAUUGGUAUGAUACUGGCUAAUUUAUAAAUUUAAUUUUUUAUUGUAAAAUUAUGAUUUUUUUGGAAAUAGUAGAAAAUUUUAAAAAAAGUUUGGUUUUUUGGAAAAUUUGUGAUUUUUUGAUAAUUUUUAAAGUGUUACGUCAUGAUAUUGUGUUGGAGGAAAAAUGUAUAUUGUUGGGUCGGUAUGAUACAGCCUGUUUUAUAAAUUUAUUUUUCUUAUUCUCAAAUUAUUAAAUUUUGCUUUAAAUGGCAGAAAAUAAAAAAAGUUUAAAUUUUAUUGGAAAAUUGAAGGCUUUUUGAAGUUUUUUUUUGUCGUUUUUUGAUAGUUUAUUGGGAAAAAUGUACAAUUUUUGGGUUUAUAUGAUUCUUCUUGAUUUAUAAUUUUUAUUUUUUCAAUUGAAAAUUGUGAAAUUUUAACAUUUUCAGCCAGAAAUCGCGGAUCAACGCGACUUCAACCCCGAUUCUCUCAAGAAUUGUGCCCAUUUCGAAGCCCUAAAAGAAGAUCUUUGCUUCGAACUCGCCCUAGCAUGUAGCUUGGAGAAGAAGAACGAACGCAUCAUGUGCUACAUGGAAUUCAUCGUCAACAACAUUGGCGAAUCCACACUUCAUCGUGCCGCUCCAAGGCUGUCAUCACUGGUCGAGAGGUCUAACUCGAAUUCAGAUGAACAUCAGAGUAUUCAACGAUCCCUGAUCAACUUCUUUGCUGAUCUGAUCAAGAAGUUGAGGGUAUCGUCGAAGAAAGGCGAUGAAGAUGCUUUGGUGGUGACAUUGGCUAAUAUGGAUAUAAUAAGACUGGAUCCGACUAUUGUAUCGGCGAUUUUGGAGUUGUUGUGCGAAAGCUCUGUCGAUAAUUCGGUGGGUUUUGAGGAAAUAUGGUUUUAGACUUCUAUACAGUUGGUUAGGGUAGGGUUGAUACUAAAAUUUUUUUUGAAAAGAUGGAAAAAUUUUAGGUAACAAUUUAAUGAAAAACUUUAGUUUAGGUAACUUUUUCAUAAAGGACUGAAUUUUAGGUAACAAUUUUUAAAAACUUUCGGUUUUUGUGUACAUUUUGGUCCAAAAAUGAAUGUUUUUUAAGUAACAAUUUCAACAAAGACUUGAGUCACAAGUUCAAAAAUUUAAAUUUCGAAAAUUUUCAGGAAUCUCAAGUAGUGGAAUCUCGCCAAUAUCUGAUGGACGUUUUCUUCCCAGCCAAAGGCCAUCUAACCGUCACAGACGCCAAAAAUCGAUCAGUCGACUUGAUUUCCCACAAACUGCGCAUGAAAAUGUUGUCGGCUAAAGAUGAAAGGAUUGUUGUGGUUGCCUUGACCAAUAUCAACCCAAAAGAUGCCCUAAAAUACGUUCAGUCAUUCGCCUUAACACCCUUCAGUUGUACCGAACUUCUGAAGAGUAUCAACACAAGUGAUGUGGCCAAGUCCGAGGAGGCCAAAAUGGCAAUUCCAUUUGUCAAAGCCUACAAGGUUAAGGGUGCUAAGGUGGGUUUGGGCUUGGUUUUAAUAAAUUUUCUAAUUUUAAGUUUGGUUAAUUUAAAAUUUUUAAAAAAUUUUUGAAAUUUUGAAAAACCGCCAAAAUUGGCAUUGUGUUUUAAGUAGUUUUAUGGCAAAUUUCUUGCUUAUAUGGCCAAGAAGACAUGCUUUGAGGUAUUCUAUGGUCAUAGAAGCAUAUUUUCGCUGAAAAAUUUCAAUUUUGCAAAACCGCCAAAAUUGGCAUCAUGUUGCAAGUGCUUUUUAUGACAAUUUCUUGCUUAUUUGGCCAAGAAGACUGGUCUUAAGAUAUUCUAUGGCCUUAAAAACAGUUUCUUGCAAAAAUUUUAUGAAUUUUUGAAAAUCUGCCAAAAUUGGCAUUGUGUUGCAAGUACUUUUUAUGACAUUUUUGCUUAUAUGAUCAAGAAGAUUGGUUCUAAUGUGUUCUAUGGCUAUAAAAACAUUUUUUGCGAAAAAUUUUUUUUGAAUUUUUGAAAAACCGCAAAAAUUGGCAUUAUGUUGCAACUUCUUUUUAUUACAUUUUCUUGAUUAUAUGGCCAAAAAUACAUGUCUUAAGAUAUUUUAUGGUCAUAGAAACAUUUUUGGCAAACAUAUUUUUUGAAUUUUUAAAAACCCGCUAAAAUUGGCAUUAUGUUUCAAGUUUGUCUUUGGGAAUUCUAAAGCUUACUUAAAUAACAUAUUAGUUUUGAAGUAUGCUAAGGUUAUAAAAACUUAUUUUUUCUAUUUUUAGUUUUAUCUUACCUUACUUUUCUUUUCCUUACAUUAAUAUUGAUGCCAUUUUUACGUUUAGGGCGCAGAUGAAUUCCUGAAACAAGUCGAGUCUCUGUCCUUAAAUACCCAAUCAGAAGUCAAAAUGGAAGUAGAUCUAAACGAAACGCCAGUUUUAUUCCAAAAAAUCGAAGGUCCAACUCCAGUUUGCUCGCCAGCCAAGCCCCGAAGCCCUCUACAUCAACAUAAAGCCGACAUCAAGACGAAAGAGGACCUGAAACGAUACUGGAACUCGAUCAUUAUUAAUCAACAAGCCAAAAGCCCAUCGUACAUAUCAGAUUCGAACUGGAUUUCGGCCAUGAAGUUGUUGAAACGACCAGAUAUGGCCAAAGAAACCAUAAUUUUUGUCAAAAAUAGCAUUGACAGGUUCAUGGCUAGCUAUAAACACCUACUCUACUCUAUGGUGUCUACUUGUAUUGUCACGGUAAAGCAGGUGGGUAUUGGUUUUUGCUCUUGUCUUUAGUCCAGAAUAAUAAAGAAAGUCUUGUCGCUAACCUAUUAGUUUGUUCACUUAAUUCUGCGCCCCAUAAUUAAAUGAAAUUUGCUUAAAAAGGGGCGCAGAAUUAAGUGAACGACUUUAUAGUAGUUGCCGACAUAAAGAAACCGCCAUACUUUUCUGUUUUUUUUUGUAAAAAAUGGCGGGUUCUUUAUGUCGGCACCUAAUAAAAUGCUAUUUUUAGUACUCACGAAGCCUCUGGAACGAUAUAAACAGUUUGGAGGCAGUAAUCAGCCGGAAAUACCCUGAUAAUCAGGUUCUAAAAGCAUUGUUUGCUUCGAUUAAAAGACGAAAUGAUAAGAAAGAAAUGGUCAAGGAAGAGGUCGAUGUCAGCAAGUUAGAUUCUUUUGCGAUAUUAAAGAAAUUGGCUAAUCCACAAGGAGAAGAUGAGUUGGUAUGUUAAUGUAAAAAGGUUUUGACUAAAGUGUUGCCUAAAAUCAAGUUUUUGACUACAUUGUUACCUAAAAUCAAACUUUGACUAAAUAGUUACCUAAAAUCGAGCUUAUAAUUAAAUUGUUACCUAAAAUUAAAAUUUUAUAAAUUGUUACCUAAAAUCAAGAUUUUGGAUGAAUUAUUACCUAAAAUUUCAUUUGUAGCUGAAUAUAAACCAUACUAGUGUCGUACCCUACCUAUAAAUGUCAUACCACUUUUAGAAUGACCUCACAAUAACCGCGAUGGUGGAGCGCUAUAUGAUUCUGAAUCCCCAAGUGAUUGAUCACCAGAAGCCGGAAGAGAUGAAAAAGCACCUAAAUCUCCUAUUUUCAUCGGAUUCUGUAGCCUGCAAGCAUCUGAUAGCUCUAAUCACAACCACACGAACUCCACAAGUCACCAUAGCGAUUCUGAAGGCUUUGCUACACGAAUUCAACCCGAAUCUGAAGCCGUUGAAUGUAAUGGAUUUUGUGGAAAAUGCCCUUAAAUCAACCUCCAGAAUCUGUCUGGGACUAAAUGACGAUGAUCUACUGACUCUGCUACAGUAUGUCUUCUUGGAAGUUGGAAAAACAGAAAAUGAUACUGUAACAUCAAGCCAGGCCGCAACAGACGAUGUUAUAGUAGUAGAAGAACGUUUGGCCCGAGAGGUGAAGGACGUAGACAUGCGAGACAUCGAAGAAGGCCAAGUCAUAAGUGACGAUCACAACAACAGCAGAAGCAGCAGCUACAUGGACUUCGGCACGGACAGCUCGGUCACGUUAAGUCAACCACUGGGCACGGAGAGCUCACCAAGUAGAGGUAAAAGCCUUCUGAAUCCAAGCUCCAUCAUUGGCCCGGUAGCCAUCCACAUCCCAGGAAUCGAAGCCCUCGACGACGUAGCACAUCGUCUUCAUCACAUCCUUAUCGAUGCCGUGGUCGAAGACGAGGAAAACAAACAUAUCGACCGGAUUCUGAGAAAGAUCUCGUCUAGAAUCACGGCGAAAAUCGAGGAAAUCAACGUGAAUUCGGACAACAGAUCAGCGAUUCUGAAGAAGAAGUACGAACGCUUUCAGAAGCUGUUCACUCAGAAGUUCCCCCAAUCCAAGGCAGCCAAGUUGAAGAAGAACAGAAGUCACAACGAAUACAACGAUGGCUACGGCGGAGUCACCUUGGACUGGACCAACGACUACACCGUGGAAUCGCUGGACCAGAAACUCCAGUGGAAUCUGAAGGAGUUCUUUGAGCUAAACGCUUCAACUAUCUCCGGACCAACCAAAGAUCAGAUGCUGAGGCCAACGAGAGAGCAGAUCUUCGAACUGGCUCACAAAUACCCAGAAGUUUUUGCCCGACAUCUGCCAAUCCUAAUACAUCAAGUUCAGCUCAUCAACAACCUAACACCACGCCAGUUCAGAGAAGUGGAUAGAUUCCCAGUUUUGAGGGGAAUUAUGGACUUGGUCAUGGUUUCAGCACCAUACUCGUUCGAGAAGACAGAGGAGAUUCAUAUGAUGGUCGCUAGUUAUUUGAAGGCAUUGACUGUAGGUUUGAAGACGAGGGGAUUCCGGAGAUUCUGAAGUCACAAUGGGAAGAUAGGGAUCUUGAAGACCUAGGUUUUAGAAGGUUUUGAGAACAGGAAUUCUGAAGAGUUCAACCAUAGUGUAGGGGAUUCCGAAGCUUAUGAGGAUACUUUAGAAGCUUCUGAGGGUCUUGUCGAUAAUUUAGAGGAUUCUGAAGGUCUUGACGACACUUUGAAAGAUUUUAAGGGUCUUGACAAUACUUUUGAUUUAUUUUAGAGAAUUUUUAUGACUGUAGGCCUAAUUUGCCUAUAAAAAAGUAAUUUUGAUCAAAAUUUCUAAACCGAUUGAUUUUCAGAAAGAAACAGCGAAAAGCCGCCAAUGGAUGCUAUGUACAGAAUCCCUCAUCAGAUUGAUCCUUAACUUCUUGGAGGCCAAUCCAACUGGAGCCACCAACCUGGUCGAACGAAACAAACCCGACUUUGACACUCUAAUCGAAGCAUACCGAGACAACCAGGCCAUCAGAGCCUUCCAAGACGCAUUCCCUUUGAUUUUUAAUGUAUAA